GCGCGGCGGCCGGGGCGGCGGGGCGGCCGAGCAUGGAAGAACAGCAGCCGGAACCUAAAAGUCAGCGCGACUCGGGCCUUGGCGCGGCGGCGGUGGCGGCGGCCCCGGGCAGCCUCAGCCUGAGCCUCAGCCCCGGCGCCAGCGGCAGCAGCGGCAGCGAUGGAGACAGCGUGCCGGUGUCUCCGCAGCCCGCGCCCCCCUCGCCGCCCGCGGCGCCCUGCCUGCCGCCCCUGGCCCACCACCCGCACCUCCCCCCACAUCCCCCGCCCCCGCCGCCGCCGCAGCCGCAUCUCGCGGCGCCUGCUCACCAGCCGCAACCCGCGGCCCAGCUGCACCGCACCACCAACUUUUUCAUCGACAACAUCCUGAGGCCGGACUUCGGCUGCAAAAAGGAGCAGCCGCCGCCGCAGCUCCUGGUGGCGGCGGCGGCCGGAGGAGGCGCAGGAGGAAGCCGGGUGGAGCGUGACAGAGGCCAGACCGGCGCAGGUAGAGACCCUGUCCACCCGCUGGGCACGCGGGCGCCAAGCGCAGCCUCGCUCCUGUGCGCCCCGGAUGCGAACUGUGGCCCACCCGACGGCUCCCCGCCAGCUGCCGGCGGCGGCGCGGGCGCGUCCAAAGCUGGGAACCCGGCGGCGGCGGCGGCGGCGGCGGCUGCAGCGGCCGUGGCGGCGGCGGCGGCAGCAGCAGCGGCCAAGCCUUCGGACAGCGGCGGCGGCAGUGGAGGCGGCGUGGGGAGCCCGGGUGCGCAGAGUGCCAAAUACCCGGAGCACGGCAACCCGGCCAUCCUGCUUAUGGGUUCAGCCAACGGCGGGCCCGUGGUCAAAACUGACUCGCAGCAGCCCCUCGUGUGGCCCGCCUGGGUCUACUGCACGCGCUACUCGGAUCGUCCGUCCUCCGGUCCGCGCACCAGAAAGCUGAAGAAGAAGAAGAACGAGAAGGAGGACAAGCGGCCGCGGACGGCGUUCACGGCCGAGCAGCUGCAGAGACUCAAGGCGGAGUUCCAGGCGAACCGCUACAUCACGGAGCAGCGGCGGCAGACCCUGGCCCAGGAGCUCAGCCUCAAUGAGUCCCAGAUCAAGAUCUGGUUCCAGAACAAGCGCGCCAAGAUCAAGAAGGCCACGGGCAUCAAGAACGGCCUGGCGCUGCACCUCAUGGCGCAGGGACUGUACAACCAUUCUACCACCACGGUCCAGGACAAAGACGAGAGCGAGUAGCCGCCGCCGGCUGGGGCCGCGCGCUCCGGCCGCCGCGCCCGCGCCCCCUCCUGGCCCCGCCGCCGCCGCCUCCCCGGCCCCACGCCGGGCACAAAUACUCAUCGCAGAGGAGGGAGGGAGCAACAGGGAAAAGAGAGAGAAAGAGUUCCUCUGAAUGGAGAAUCACGAAUCACCUUGGAACGAAACGUUUUUAAAAAGGGAGAAAGACUCGGACAGGUGCUAUCGAAAAAUACGAUCUGUUCUCUGUUCACAGUAUAAGGGACGAAGCUGCGAACUCCUUAAAGCUCUAUCUAGCCAAACCGCUUACGACCUUGUAUAUAUUUAAUUUCAGGUAAGGAAAAGAAAUAUGUGUAGCGAUCUCUAUUUGCUGGACUUUUUAUGAAUCUCCUUUAUUAUUAUUGUUAUAAUUAUUAUAAUUAUUAUAAUUAUUUUGUCCCCCACCUCCGCCUCGCUGCCCCCGGCCCAGUUUCGUUUUCGUUGCCUUUUUCUUUUGAAUGUUAUCGCUUCUCCGGUGCCUCCCGCCCCGCAUCGCUGGCCCUGGUUUCUCUGGGACUUUUCUUUGUGUGCGUGAGAGUGUGUUCCCUCGCGUGUCUGCCCUUCGCCUCUCCCCCACCUCCCAGGCCCCUACUGUCGGUCUGUCUGUCCUGCCCCCACCUUUCGUUUUCCGGAGACAUGUUGAGAAAUACGACCCCACAGACUGCGAGACUGAACCGCCGCUACAAGCCAAAGAUUUUAUUAUGUUCAGAAACCUGUAGUCUGAAAUAAAGUGUACACUGUGCUCACGAGCCGCUGGCGGCCCUCGUCUUUGCGGGCUCGGGAAGGGCGUGGGCGCAGGGCACACGGCGGCCCCGCGCGCAGCGCGCACUCGCCGGGCGGGGAGCCCGGGGCAGCCCGCGCAACGAACACGGGGGCGGCGGGAGCGCGGUGGUGGAGGCGGCAAGAUCCGGGUAGGGUCCGGGUCUGCAGGGUCUGGCGGGACAUGCCUGGUCUCCGAUUGCGUUCGAAGGAGCCCAAAGGUCCCCCCAGUCCUGACUUCGGAGACACUGCCGGGCUGUGGGGCUGCUCCUUGAGCCAGGCCGGGCCCAGCCGGCUGCGGCCUCCUCCCGUCACCUGCUCCUCGCUUCAGCCUGCACCACUCCUUUUCCUUUUUUUCUGGUGCGGGUUUUGCUUGCGGUUUUCUCCUGUAGAAGCAGAAGGCCUUCCCAGGGCGAGACAGAGGUGAGGGCCGCCUGCUGUCCUGAGCGGCCCUCUAGGGCAAGGGGCACCUCUGCCCGGGGCCGCCUGGACCUCGCUGCUCUUCGUUUGGAGAAGUGAUUCCAUUGGCGAAGCGGCGGGUGGAGGACGGCACACGGAGCCUCGCGGGGCUUGGAUCUCAUGGGCCCGCAGAGCCGGGGGAGAGGAGGCCCGGAUGCCUGGAACCUAUGCAAAGCGACAGAUGCUGGGAUUGCUCUGGGCCUGACCCAAGACCUAAGCAGGGUCCCUCUCAGAAUCCCAACAAAGCCUGGCUUGCUGCCUGACAGAGGGGGGCGCAGAUACAAGCCCCCAGGACCCUCAGGACGAUGCAACUUCCCAGAGGCAAAUGUCUCGAUUCUUGCCCCCCCACCCUGGGGCCUAUUCUUCCUGGGCAGGCAGUGGGACACUCAGACUAGAAGAAAGGAGGGGAGGUCCCUUCUCGGGGGGCAUCAUCUCCCUUUUGUCCAGGAUUUUUUUUAAAUGGUAAAUUCCACUCGCCCCUUCCAUCCUCUUUUCUGCAGUAGGUAUGUAUGUAUGUACCUGUACAUGUGUGGCUAGACAUGUAGGUGUUCCAGACGCUUGUGUGCAUGUGUGAUCAUAUGCAGAUGUGGAGUACUGACUCGGUUUUGUGUAUCCCUGCAUGUGUGAGUGUUGUGUUCAUUUCUCUGAGAUUCGAUGCACACUUGGAUGUUUGCAAGUUCACCGUGUGGGUACAUGUGCUCAUUUGUGUUUGCAUGCCAAAAUGUUUGCAGGUGUGUUUGUGGGGUUCCUGCACACAUGGGAACUCUGUUCCUGUGCUCUUCCCUUCUUGGGUUUCUUUCCUGUUGUCCAUGCAGGAUUGACUUUGUGAGAAGUGAGAAUGGCCAGUCCUUCCUUCUGUCUUUUUUCUUGAAAAAGUCCCCCUGGUUUGGGGCGAUGUCUGGGGAAGUGACACUGCUAAGGUCCAAGUCCGGGAAGUCAAGGGGCCCUCCAAGUCCCUGCUCAAGGAUUGGGGGGCUUGGGGUUUGGUGGCCCGGAGUUGGAGGGCACACUGGACAUUUCCAUGGGUUCCCGACAUUAUUGCUGUAAAUCUCUUCUUUCCACCCCCUUCACACGUCCUUGGGGCGCGUGGCGGAACCUCUGCCCCUAACAGGUGCCCCACCAGUCCUGUCGUGGAGCGUUGGAAGCAGUGAGAUGGGCCUGCCCUGGGAUGGCCCAGGAGAGUCAUUUUCUGGUGGUUGGAGGUACAUCCCUUCCUUCCCUUGGCGGGGAGGGGAGCCUGGAAUCUUUGCCCUCUGCAGGCCUACAGGUUACAGGGCCUGAGACCAGGGGCCCAAGGUACCCCUCUCCUGGCCCAGACAGCUCAGACAUCAAGAAGGGUCCUGGCCACACCCAGAUGCAGUGUUGAGAGUGCCAGCUCUGCAGAGGGCUUCACAUCAUGAGCGCCUGGAAACUGGGCUGCCUUCCUUCUCCCUUCCCCAUUGUGGCCCCUUAGGAUACCUUAGCCCCUCAAGAUCACCAGAUUCAGAGGCUAGGACGGGGGCCAACUUAAACAGUUCCAGGAAGCAUCCUGUUCCUUCAGGCGCCUCUUCACUUAUUCCAAGAGCUCAAAGCUAAGAGCUUCCCCCCUUAACCCAGGGGGAGAGGGAGGAGGUGGUUACCCCCCAUGACUCUAUUAGUAAGUGUAUGGAGGUGUUAUUAUUGUCAUGUGAUUUCUUGCCCAUUAUCACCUUUUAUCUUCCAAUCACUAUGGGCAAAUAGAAUUUUCUUCAUUGUUCUGUGGAGGAAACUGAAGUUCUGAGGGCUUAAACGUGUGGUCCGUGCCUCCUCUGUGGCUGUGUAUCUUGGUCUAUGUCGCAUCUACUUGUUACAGCUGCCUUUACCUCAGGAAUCUGGCCAAGGCCCAGAGAAGUCAUUGUCCACGAUGACUUUCCUAUCUUCUUGCCCUCCCCCGUCGUUGUUUCCUUCCUCCCGAUUGGGGCAGAGGAGAGGGGAGGAGGACUCUGGUCAGACCUCUUUCUUGCACCUCCUCUAAAAAAAGAAAGUAAUAAUAAUCAUAAACAGGCAUUGAUUUCUCUGAUUUAUGGGGCUGGCUUAGUGAGCCGCCUGUGUAUUAAAGUCUGCGCUGCAUUGAAAUAAAUACUGGAGUGUGCUCUCCCAACUUCCUCAUAGUCUACCUUUUUUUUUUUUUUUUAAGAUUGGAUUGAACUAUAAACUUAAAUCUUCCUCAGCCCAGGAGGAAAUCCACGCUGGCCGAGUCUAAACAGUAUUGAUCCCUAGCUCUUUCUGAGGGCAAAGGUUUUUGCUAGAAGCUCCCUUUCCUUCAGUAGGGUCAGAAGGAGGAGGCUGCAGAUGAGGGUGGAGGCAGGAGCCGGACUUUGGGUGUGUGGAGCUGCGUUGUAUGGCCGUGUGCGCAUAUCCAUUUGUGGGUUGUACUGUGUGCAGGCGUUUGUAUGGGGGUGGUAUUGAGUCUAUUUAUUUAGGCUUGGGAAGUGGAAGUGUGUGUUUUGGGUGUACGGGUGCCAGUAGUGACUGGUGUUUGUGAGUGUGUGUAUGUGUGCCCUGUUCUCUGGCCCCCUAGGCGGACUGCCCAGGUCACAGAGAUGGAGUGGCCUGCUAGCCUGCCCCCUACGGGGCCCCUACAGCCCUGUGACCUGUGGCAGGGCUUCCAGAGUGGAUAUCACCAAGGAGGCCAUUGUGCCACCAAGCCUCCCCUCCCCUACCCGAUGCCUUCAGUAAAAAAGACCUAGCCGAGGGGCAGGGGUGAGCCUUGGCUGACACCCAGAGGCCGAGGCCGAGGCCAGGGUCGGAGAGGCCCUAGCCAGACUCCUCACCCUAGAUGAGGAGUCUGCUGUGGUUCUCUGCAGUGGCCGUCAUCUGUUCCUCCAUUGGUCAGCCUAGUUUUUUUUUUUUCUGUGUUGGAGAAGAAGGGGCAGGGAGGGGCAGGGGGACCCUGCAGUCAGUCCUCCCCUAGCUUUGCUCAAGUCACCACAGGUUCAAAGUGGAGAUCCUGUCCACUUGUCUGGGGGAGGCAGCAGGCCUCCCAUGCAUGGGGCUUGCUGCACCCCUCCUCACCCUCACCAGAGACCUUUGUUCUCCUCUCCCAGUGUGAACUCAGGUGAGAGGUUUACUCCUGUGUGGCAACUUGUAGAAAGGGACAGGGCUGGGGACUCUGCCAGCCCCGACUCCUCCCCAAAUGCUGCUGGUCUUUUAAUGAAGUCCCAUUGUUGGUGGGGCUCCUCAGGGAUUCUUGAAUAAAGAGGUUUCAUUUCACAGGAUGGGGAGAGUCUUGAGAAGGAAAGUGCCUUACUCAAAGCACACAGCAAGUGAGAGGCAAAACCCUCAGGUUUCCCGUGAGCCCAGUGCUCUUCCCCGUGUGCCACUGGGUGGGUAGUCAUUGCACACACAGCCACUCAGCACACAUGUGCGCGCUUCUGCACAGAAAAGGACACAAGCACACAUUCACCCAUGUGUAUACAUGCACACGUCUGUAAAAUAUGUGCACGUAUACAAAAAAUAUAAGUGGGAUGAUGUAUAGAGGUGUGUUCCCAGCAAGCACAUGGAUAUUGCCUGUGCAGAAGUUUCCGGCACACAUUAUACCUGGUCCUGGAAUACACAUACUGGUGUCCAAUACACACCUGCAUGACCCGGCUGGUGGGCUUCACUCCUAGUCAGUGAAGGGACAGGACAUAGUUUCCAGGGCCAGGGACAUCCCUGCUGCCCCA